UCGUGGUUAUAAUCUGACCUUGCAAUUUGCAUUGCUCACAGUUCUGUUUUGGGUGUGCCCCUCUAUAGACGGACAAACAAAGCUUUCGUUGGCUCUUCUGAAUCUGAAUCUAGCAGAGCCUUCGCCCUAAACGACACCUCAUUUCGAUCUCUCUCGCUCUCUCUGCUCUUUCCUUUGCUCCCGUUUUGAUCCGGAAUAUGCACUGGGUUUUGUGAUAAACAAUGGGGCUGUCUUUUACCAAGCUUUUCUCCCGUCUCUUUGCUAAGAAAGAGAUGCGCAUUCUAAUGGUGGGUCUCGAUGCUGCUGGUAAAACCACAAUCCUGUAUAAACUCAAGUUGGGAGAGAUUGUCACCACAAUCCCUACUAUUGGAUUUAAUGUGGAGACUGUAGAGUAUAAGAACAUUAGUUUCACUGUGUGGGAUGUUGGGGGUCAAGAUAAGAUUCGACCUUUGUGGAGACACUACUUCCAAAACACACAAGGACUUAUCUUCGUUGUGGAUAGCAAUGAUCGAGACCGUGUUGUUGAGGCUAGGGACGAGUUGCACAGGAUGCUGAAUGAGGAUGAAUUAAGGGAUGCUGUCUUGCUUGUCUUUGCAAACAAACAAGACCUUCCCAAUGCAAUGAAUGCUGCUGAAAUCACAGAUAAACUUGGUCUACAUUCUCUCCGACAGCGCCACUGGUAUAUCCAAAGUACAUGUGCUACUUCUGGGGAAGGAUUGUACGAGGGACUGGAUUGGCUUUCAAACAACAUCGCCAGCAAGGGUUAAAGGACGCUAGGUGCUGGUUAUUUUUCUCAAAUAUGAUAGCAAGCUGUGGCCUGUCGACACUAUUACGAUAUUCGUGCCUUUUUUUUCUUUCUAUUAUACAGUAAAAAUCCAGUUUUGAUUCAAAUAAAGUUCAUGCAGAAUGUUUGGCUUCAUGUUGGCUUUUAGUGUUCCGUUUUUUUUUUAAGUGCCACAAACUUAACUCAUUCUUCAGUGGAUAUUUAACUGGCUGUAUCUGCUUUAAGAAUAUCGAGUAUAAUUUUUUCUUUUAA